AAUACAGUAAAGCGGUACAGCAAAACCCUUCUUUUUCUCUCUUUUCUCUGGUUCUGCAUCAUCAUCUUCAUCCAAGUAAAAAGGAGAAAGAGGAACCAGCCCUCACUAUCCCGGACCACCAUUUCAAGUUUCUUCCACUGGGGUUUUAGCAAGAAAAGAUUCUUCUUUCACUAAACCCAAAAUGGGAAAGAUCUGCCUUGAAGUUUGCCUGAUUUCAGCUCGUGGGCUAAGGCAGUCCACAAUCUUGUGGAACCGCCAUUGGUUUGCUGUGGGAUGGACAGAUCCGAAGAACAAGUACUGCACGAAGAUCGACGCUUCAGGGAGUUCGAACCCAGUUUGGAAGACCAAGUUCUCGACUUUACUCGACAGUGACGCCGGCUCGCAAACGCCAGCACUCCAAGAUCUGGUCUUGCAGGUUGAAGUUUAUAGCAGAGACCCCGUCUUCUUAACAGAGAAGCUGCAGGGGACAGCUAGUAUUGCUUUGAGAGAGUUUCUGGUGAAGCUUCACAGAAAGAGCGAAGCUUCAAGCUCAGUUAAUGGUGAAGUGGGGAGUUAUCAGUUGAGGAAGAAAGGUUCAGGCAAGCCCCGAGGGUUUGUGGAUGUUUCCAUUCGUGUGUCCGAGGAAGGAGCUGAACCAAGUUUUUAUACAGGUAAUGAAGGAGGAAUAGUGCUCAUGGACAAUAACAACCACCAUAUGGACUUGGGCAGUGAGAAUGCAUUAGCUCCAGCUUUCCCAGCAGGGCCAACACCGUUGCCUCUUGCCGCUCACAAGCAACAAAACCAUCAGAAAGCUGAACAACCCUAUACGCACCCCGCCCCUUUCCCCAUGAACUAUGCCGACAACCGUGUCGGAGGGCCAACCUACACUCCAGCGAGUGGUCCGAGCUAUCGAGGCCCGAGCUAUCGAGGUCCAUAUCUAGCUCCUCAUUUUCCUCCUCCUGCAUUGGGCCCACCUCAAAGGGCCGGUUAUUUGCCAGCCGCCCACGCAAGAAUGGAUUAUAACCCGGCGAACUACAUAAACAUGCCGUCUUCCGGAGGAGCAAUAGGACGUGGCGGGGGAGGGCGCGGUUUUGGACUGGGAGUAGGAGCUGGGGCGGCAGCAGCGGCUGGGGCCAUUGUGUAUGGUGACAGUCUUUUCUCAGGAUUCGAUGUCCCUGUCGGGAUGCAGGAUCCCAGCCUCACCAUCUCCCUGGAUCCUCUGUUCUGAUCAACCGGAUGCAGGAUCCUAGUCUCACCGUCUCCCUGGAUCCUCUUUUCUGAUUUAACCAGAUGAUAAGCACCCGUGGGCUGCAUUUGUGUCUACAUGCAAGUAGCAAGAUUGUUGCAGCAGUCCCUGUUACGGUUUUUUUGUUUUCAUCGUGUGUUGUGUUCUUUCCCCAUUCCUUUUCUCUUAUUCUUUGGGGGUAAAAAAGCUUUCAGCUUCUUUGACCAAUAA